AUUUAUUCCCCCAUUCCCAUUCUAUCCUAUUCAUUACUGUGCUUCCCACUGCCCUGGUUUGCUCUACCAUGGCUACUCUUCUGUUGUACCCUUUCAUCAUGCUUUGCAUCUUUUCAAUCUUCGCUCUUUCUCAAUCUCUCAAUAUCUCUCAACAACAACAAUUGCUCUUGCAAUUCAAAGCGGGUAUUACCAACAAGAACUCCUCACUGCCAGAUUGGACGCCACUUCACCCCCUCUGUAAUUGGUCUUCCGUUACCUGCGAUCCAUCUUUUCAGUCCGUCCUCGCCCUCAACUUAUCCCACAUGAACUUACACGGCACCAUCUCUCCUUUCCUUGGGAAUCUCUCUUCUCUUCAAUCCCUCGAUCUCUCCAUCAAUGCCCUCACUGCUACCAUUCCACAUCAACUCGGCCAACUUGCCCAUCUGAAGAUACUCCGGCUAGAUGACAAUCAGUUGUCAGGUCUCAUCCCCCCUGAAUUGGGCACUCUCACUCAACUGCGGAAACUUUACCUUUGGAAAAAUAACUUAUCAGGCCCCAUUCCCUCUUCUUUAACAAAUCUGUCCAAAUUGACUGAGUUAGUUCUGUCUGAAAACCAGCUUAGUGGACAUAUUCCAAGGGAAAUUUGUCCCAAGCUCUCCAAUUUGCAUUUACUCAAGUUAUGGGGAAAUCAGCUUAGUGGAAAAAUACCAAACUCCCUUGGAAACUGUUCCAACCUCAAAAUACUUAGUCUAGCUCAAAACCAGCUCACUGGAAUGGUGCCGAUGGAUCUGGGUAAGUUGAACUUCCUUACCAGGCUUUACCUCGGGACCAAUCAACUUGUUAGUGACAGCAGUAACACAUUGGCUUUUCUAACUUCUCUCAUAAAUUGCUCUCACCUGAAACAAAUAGUAGUGAAGAAUAAUCAUCUCACUGGUAUAUUGCCCCAUUCCAUAGGCCAACUGUAUUCCAAUUUCACUGUCUUGGAUUUAUCAAACAACAUGAUAAGCGGAAGAAUACCACAGCAGAUUGCCAAUCUAACUAAGUUAAGCUAUUUAAGUUUGAGCGAUAAUCUUUUCAGUGGCAAUAUUCCAUCCGGAAUUAAAAGAUUCCAGAAGUUGGAAAGAUUGUAUUUGGGUGGGAACAAAUUAGAAGGAAGCAUUCCAAGUGAGAUAGGUGAAAUGCAAAAUCUCGGACUCCUAAAUCUUAGUUACAACUGGUUAUCUGGAAUAAUACCAGAUUCUCUUUGUAGCGCCCAGCAGCUAAGACGUCUUUUACUUCAGCACAACAACUUGUCAGGGGAGAUCCCUGUUAGUUUAGCAGGAUGUCAGAAGUUGGAGCUCAUUGACUUAUCUUACAAUAAAUUAGGGGGAAGGAUACCUCCUGAUUUCAUUGUAAGCCUUAAAAAUCUGGUAUUCUACCUCAACCUUUCAUGGAAUUCUCUGCAAGGGUCCCUGCCACUGGAGAUGAGUAAAAUUACAAUGGCUCAAGCCAUAGACAUCUCUGGAAAUCGACUUACUGGAAUGAUUCCGAUUUCUCUUGGAGACUGCGCAGCAUUAGAGCAUCUAAAUCUGUCCCACAAUGCCUUUGAAGGUCCAAUUCCAGAUUCACUCUCCAAAUUACAAAAUCUCCAAGAAAUGGAUCUUUCUACCAAUUUUUUAUCAGGUUCAAUACCAAUGGCCCUUGAAAGACUGAAAGUAAUUCUCUAUAUGAAUGUUUCUUUCAAUAAUUUGUCAGGGCAGAUUCCAGGAGGAUUGUUUCCAAAUAUAACUGAUAUAACAUUGUUUAUGGGAAACCCUGACCUCUGUGGCCCAACGAAUUAUUCAUUGCCUCCAUGCCCAAAACAGACUCAAGAAAAGCAUUCACUACUAAAAAAAAUAGUCUUAUCAAUUGUUGGAACCACUGGAUUUAUAUUAUGCUCCUUCAUUAUAGGAAUUCUAUGGAGACUAAAACUUUCAAGCCAACUAUUCCAUCCCUCAAACUUCAUUUUUCAAAGGCUUAGCUAUCCAAAAUUUUCUUAUCAAGAUCUUGUCACUGCAACAUCUGGAUUUGAUGAGUCAAACUUGCUUGGACUGAGUAACUUUGGAUCAGUCUACAAAGGCACUUUGAGGGAUGGUAAGAUAGUUGCAAUCAAGGCUCUUAAUUUGCAGAAUGAAGAAGCCCAUAAGAGCUUUAACAUAGAAUGCAAAGUGUUAGGGAGGAUUCGGCACCGUAACCUGAUUAAAAUCAUUAGUGCAUUUUCUUACCCUUGCUUCAAAGGUUUGGUUCUUCAAUUUGCAUCUAAGGGGAGCUUGGAAAAACAUUUGCACCCUGACAGAGAUGAUCAGGAAAUUUGUAAAUUGGGAUUGAGCAACUGUUUGAGUAUUGCUGUGGAUGUUGCCUAUGGCAUGGAAUAUUUACAUCAUCAUUGUCCUUUGCAAAUUGUGCACUGUGAUUUAAAACCUAGCAAUGUGCUCCUGGACGCUAAUAUGACAGCCCUUGUAACUGAUUUUGGUAUAUGCCGUUUGACUACACCAAACUCUAUAGAUUCACUGAGUGCAACAAAAUUUGCACUCAAAGGAUCUAUUGGCUAUAUUGCUCCAGAGUAUGGAUUGGGGGCGAGUGUUUCUACAAAGGGAGAUGUUUAUAGUUAUGGAAUUCUGAUACUAGAGAUGGUUACAAGGAAGAGACCAAGUGAUGACAUGUUUGUAGGAGACCUGAUCUUGCAGAAGUGGGUAAGGUCAGCUUUUCCAGACAGACUGGCAGAUAUUGUUGAUAGCAGGCUAUUGAGAGAUGUGAAUGAAAACAUGGAAGACAAUAGAUGUCUUCUUUCUUUUAUUCAUGUUGGUUUGCUUUGUAGCAGUGAAUCACCAAGAGAACGACCUUGCAUGAGCGAUGUAGCCAAGGUCUUGGAGAGUCUCAAGAGAUCUUUCACGGGAGGCGCAGCUGCUUCGAAUUUGACAUCUACCAUAUCGGACCUCCUGCGCAAUACCAUUCCCACAGAAACGCUGGCAUCUGACAAUCAAAGUUCUACAUUUUAGAUGUUUAUUAGUUUGAUUAAGAAGUUUCAUCCUUUAUGUUUGCUGGUUUCAAGUCUGUCUUCCAUCACAGGCUGGUCUUCUUAAAUGCAAAAUCCUUGGUGCAAGAGCACCUUAGCACACAAGCAUACCGGGAGGUCAAAAGUCAUAAUGUGAACAAUUUGAUUGUAUUUGAGUCAUUCAUAAUGUAUUAAGGUCAUUUGAGUCUAUUGAAUCAUAAUAUGUAAGGCUAAAUGAGCCAUUUUGUCCAAAGUUGCCCAAGUUGUGUAUUUGAGUCUUGAUUGGGUUUAUGAGGUCAAAUUUGUGUAAAAGUAUCAUGAAGGGAGAAAAUGAUGUAAAUUGUGUUAUUUGGUCCAUUAUAAGGUGUUAAUAAUUUCCAUGUAAUAUCUUAACAAGUUUUGAGUGCAAACUCAAAGAGUUGUCAAGACAAAACCUAGAUAGAGGAGGUGUCAUUUGGUUGAAAGGUGGUUAUUUAGUUAAUUUUCAAAGGGAAUUCGACCCAAGAGGUUGAUUUAUGUAUUUAAGGAUUGUAAUCCAUAAAAAGGAAGGAGGGGAAGGCAUUGG